GAAAUAAUUACAAUGUUUCACAUGGAAGUAUGAUCCAAGCUUCUUUUUUCCCUAAAGAAGCUCUGACCAGACUUCCGAGCGAAACGUUGAAAUUAUUUCAUUUCAAAGACGCUGUGAUUUACACAAAUACAAACUACCUAAUACCUUGUUGUUAUUCACUUGUCAGCAGUAAACAUAAUGUUUGGGCAACAGCUUUCUCUUAUAGUUUACUCGUACCGUGUAAAAAAUCCUUCACUGAUUUUCAGGUUAACCGCUUUUAUAUAAUACUAUCUUAUCGAUUGCUUUCUGUUAACCGUAUUUUAAACCUUUGAGAACAUUUUUAAUUAUUU